UGAGCAUGCUCAGUAACAGCUUAGGGACCAAAACCCGAACUGACUUGACUCAGCCCAUGAUCACCCCGCAUCCUCAACUGCCCCAGCAGGCCUCGGUGCGGACACCAACUGCCUCGCGCCCGCGAGUAGCCGCUAGGCGGAGCGCUGCUGCUUCGCUUUCCCCAAGCUGUAGGGCCGCGCCCCCGCCUUCGACUGUUGUAGCUGGAAACCUGUUGUUUGGACAUUGAACUAUGACAUCAUGGCAAGAUUUCACAGAAGAACGUGCAUUAUUUUGUUGCUUUUUAUUUUAUUCAUUUGCUCCAUGAUGAUGGCUUUGAAGACUCUGAGACCUGACAGAGCUGGUUUUGGGGAUCCAUUUGGACUUGGUCUCUUACCGGAACUUCAACGGACAACACUCUUGGAAAAUAAACACAGUCCCCUAACUGCUGCCAGGGGGGAUAGCGUAACACACACCAAUAAUUUGCACACUGUUGCAUUGAAUAGCAUUAAAACAUCUAUGGCCUCUGUAAGAAAGUUGGAAGAGGAAUUGCCUUCCCCUAAUUAUAACUUUCAUGUGUUCUACUACAGCUGGUUUGGGAAUCCACAAUAUGAUGGUAAAUAUAUUCACUGGAACCAUCCACUGGUGCCACAUUGGGAUUCCAAAAUUGCAAACAAUUACCCAAAGGGAAGACACAAUCCUCCAGAUGAUAUUGCAUCCAGUUUUUACCCUGAACUUGGAACUUACAGCUCUAAAGACCCUUCUGUCAUAGAAGCCCACAUGCAACAAAUGCGUUCAGCCUCUGUUGGCAUCAUAGCCCUUUCAUGGUACCCUCCUGGUAUGGCUGAUGAAAAUGGGGAACCUGGUGAAGACUUGGUGCCUGUUAUUUUGGAUAAUGCACAUAAACACAAUCUAAAGGUCACUUUUCAUAUUGAGCCAUAUAAAGAUCGAGAUGAUCGCAGUAUGUACAGCAAUGUGAAGUACAUUGUAGACAAAUAUGGAGGCCAUCCAGCUUUUUACAGGCAUAAGACCAGCACAGGCAGAACCCUCCCCAUGUUUUAUGUUUAUGAUUCUUAUGUAACAAUCCCUGAAAUAUGGGCAAAUCUAUUAACUGUUUCUGGAUCCCAGAGCAUUCGCAAUACACCAUAUGAUGGAUUAUUCAUUGCACUUCUAGUGGAAGAAAAACAUAAACAUGAAAUCCACAGAAGUGGUUUUGAUGGAAUUUAUACAUACUUUGCCACCAAUGGCUUUUCUUAUGGCUCAUCUCAUCACAAUUGGCCAAGUCUAAAAGCCUUUUGUGACAGCAGCAACUUAAUGUUCAUUCCAAGUGUGGGACCAGGAUACAUUGACACCAGCAUCCGACCAUGGAAUAACCACAACACCCGCAACCGUGUUAAUGGGAAGUAUUAUGAGACUGCCUUCAGUGCAGCACUUUUGGUGCGACCAGAAAUUAUUUCCAUCACCUCUUUCAAUGAAUGGCAUGAAGGGACUCAAAUUGAAAAAGCUAUUCCUAAGAAAACUGGACAGGUAACUUACCUGGAUUACAAGCCUCAUAAACCAACUAUGUAUCUGGAGCUCACUCGCAAGUGGUCUGAGAAAUACAGUAAGGAAAAAGAACAAUGGCUUAUGUGAGGUGCCGCUGCCCUUGUUUGUAAAUGCAUUCAGUCCAUCUCAGAGGUGAAAAUGACGCUGGAAAUUCUAAUUCAGCCAAUCAAGAUGUCUUUUAUCGUAAAUAUACUUAAAAAAAAAUAACCUUUGAAUGUAGUAUGCGCUAUUACUGUACCUGUUAGAAUUAACUUUGACUCCUUUUAGGGGCUAAAAUAAUAGUGAGCAAUAUUGCAUCUCUAGGCUAUUUUAAUUCGAGAAUAUUUUGUGAAAUGCUAGAUGCUUUUUAUUCAUAAUCUUUAUGUAAAGCUUACAGAAACUCUAUCUGGAAUAAUUCAGAGGUGACUCAAGUAGAGUGAGACAGAAUUUAGCAUAUUUACAUUUAUUACCUUUAGCUAUAAAGCCGUGUUUCAGAGUUGAAUACUACUGUGAUUAGAAUUUUGUCUCGAUCGUUCCUCAGAGGAUAAAUAUUUGUGGUGCAUGAAAUAACAUAGCAAUUGUUAUAUCAUGUGUACACCUUGUAGCACGCGGAGAGUUUACUUUAACAUUUGUCUUGUCUGUGGUACAAACACUAAGAAUGGUGUGAAAUUGUUCUGAAAUUUACAGCUUUUAAAGCUUUUGGUUUCAAAAAUUGAUGAAAGGUUAUUUAACUCCAGAUUAGUCUUGUAUUUGGAUUUUGCAUUCUGUAUUUUUUUGUAACUAUGGAGUGUCAACAAAAUGCAUUGAGAUCUUCUAACUAGAUUAAAAUUAAAGAAGGAAUAACAGUAACUAAAAUGAGGGGGGAAAGUAUCUGAGUGAUGACAUUGCUCAAAAUAAGCUGUUUCUUAAACAAGAUUUUCUUUAAUGUUUACCAGGGAUAGACUUUUGUAUUACUUAUUGCAGACCUAGAUCCAGUGUUUGGAAAAAGUUGAAAAGAUUACAAGUCACAUAAAUAUUUACUAGUCCUACAAUUGAUUCAUUUUCUAGAGCAGUCUUUGUUACAUGAUUUUAGCAGCACAUAGUCUUGGCCACUAGAAUGAAUUUUGUCUGUUAACUUGAAAGCUAAGAUUUCAAAUGGUUUCAGACAGUUCAUUGAUUUCCUGCAGUACUAAAGGUAGCAGCUACCAAAAUCAUGUCAGAAUUCAGGUGAGGAGAAAAUAAAGCAAGAUAGUAAUUGAGUGGUCUUAUUGCAUUUCAUAACAUGUCAUUGCUAGAAAUGAGUGCUUAAUACUGUUUGAAAGCUGAGAUUCUCAGGUUUCAAUUAUUAUAAAUCAUUCAUUUGUAGACCUGGUUGUUUCUGAGACACUACUCAACAAUGGUCUAUGUCUAGCAAUGCUUUUUUGGCACUUACCCAGUUCUGAAUAGAGCAAAUCCCAUAGUGGUCCAAGUUUGGGGUUUCACUAUUUGGUUUCAUAGUUGUGGUAAAUUUGAGAGUAUGUUGGCAAAUAUUUAAUCUGUAGCAUAGUAUAAUUGCUUUUUUUAUUUUAUUUUAUUUUUACUUACUUUAGGCCCUGAUCCUGCAUUGUGAUUUUCAUGUAAACUGCCCAUUCGAGUCCCAUUGACUUAAUAGAAUUUUGUGCAGGCACAGUAAUCUGCCCAUGCAGUCGCAGUGCAGGAUUGAAAAAGUGAAACUUUAUUUCUGAAACAUGUUUAAAUUUAAUCUUAAUGACAUGAUGUUGCUGAUAUUUGUUAGUGACCUCUUAAUGUGAAGGAAGGAAGAGUUUAUCUGAAACUUGUCUCCGUAGAUUAAAGACAGUUUUCGCCAAACUUAUGCAGGGAAACUGUCUGAAAUUCUUUAACUGUUUUAUACAUCCAGGAUGGCAAAUUGUAUGUAAGAUUUCUCUUCCGAUUAUUUAAAUGAUUCUAUUAGUAAGCCCCCAAACAUCAUAGGCAUGGAAAUUCCAACUUAUUUUUAACUAAGAUUAACAUAUAGGACCAUAUUCUCAGCUACAGCCAAGGGGUGUGGGGUGUAGUUUACAAAAGGGGCUGCAGAAGAGCCAUUUGUGGUUCCCAGUGGUGGGAUCAGUUCUGCGCUUGUUGGGUCCUAGUGUAGUUUAGAGCAGCCUCAAGAUUGUGUGUGCGCGUGCGUUUGUGUGUGUAUGUAUGUAUGUAAAUAAAAGGAGGGAGGGAGAGGGAAGGGGAGAAAGAAUAGAGCAUUGCCCUGCAUCUUGUGUAGUCACUUGUAUCGGGGCAGAGUGAGUGUAAAAUUCUACUAAAUCAUAACAAAUGCCCUGGUGUGACUACACAAAAUACAGAAUAGAGAGAAUCUGACCCAAAGUGUGAUAAGCAAUAAUCUUGGAUCCUAUCCUGCAUUCCAUGCAUACCCAUUGAAGAUAAAUUUGGGUAUGCAAGGAAUGCAGGAUUGUUUCCCUUUUGUGUAUUGAGAAAUGAGUAGCUUGGUGCCUUCAACAUGCCUGAGAAAUGCCUAUCUUGACUAAGGGUUGUCUACACUAGAAGCACUACAGCAAUGCAGCUGUGCCACUGCAGCACGUCUGGUGAUGAUGCUCUAUGCUGACGGGAGAGAGCUCGCCUCUCAGCAUAAUAAAACCACUUCUGCGAGAAGGUCUCCCACCGACAUGGUGCUGUCUACACAGCGCUUAUAUCAGUGUAACUUAUGUCACUCAGAGCGGUGGCUUAUUCACACACCUGAGCAACAUAAGUUAUGCCAAUAUAAGCUUUAGCGUAGACCUAGCCUAAUAUGUAGUCUGGGAUGUUACAGUGCACCUUCAAUAUGUUGUAUUCUGUUAAAUGGUAUCUUCUAAAUAUUUUGCACUGUCAGACUUCAUUUCUAAGGAUCUCAAAAUUCUUUUUCAAAGUAGGUAAGUAGUAUUUUUAUUUUUCAGGUAGAUAAACUGAGCUAUAGAUGAUUUAGUGACCUGACCACAGUCACACAGUGAAUCAGUGACAGUGUAGGACAUAGAGCAGGUAUCAACUCUCUGCCCCCCCGUUCUAACCACUUUCAUACAGUCUCGGUAGGAAAUUAAUGUAUGCCCUUUUAGUAUUAGUUCCUUAAAUAACUAUACCUUUUUAUUUGUUUAUUUGUUACUUCUUCUUUAAAGUAUUUACAAGCCUGGGAGUGCACAAUUACUUUAGUUAUUUCCUCAUUUCUAGCUUUCUAGCUCUCAGCAACUUAAAGGGAUGCUCAUGCUUCCUCCUACAUGAACUGGGAAAGGCUCAGACCAUCAGUAGUACUUCUGAAGUAAGAGGUUUUGAAGGGAGGAAGUCUCUUUAACUUAAAGUUUUUCUCAGCUUUAGGUCCUUUUCAUCUCUUGCAUACUGCUUCCUAGCACUUUUUAGACAGUUUACAUUCAACUUUUGGUUGCCUGUUUUUCCCCCACAGCCAACAUUUACUCUUCAAAUUUGACUGCUACAGUCCCUCCAGUUUAUGCUGGUUUGAAAUUAUUGUAACCCCACUAGUCAAUUGGAAAUAUCUUUCCCUAGUUUAAAAAAAUAUUGCUUCUUAACCAGUGACUUUGCAGUGGAAGCACAUUGUUCUCAAAGGUUCACAUAACAGCACCAAAGGGCAGAUUUUAAAAAAUAUUCAGAUGCUUGAAGAUGCAAUUAAGUGCCUACGAGGAUUUUCAAAACCACCUAGGUACCCAACUCCCAUUUUAUAAUCAAAAUUCCACAACCUUCUUAAAAUCUGGACUUACUUUCUACCCAGAUAGUACAUUUAUCAAAGUUUGGAAUUAAUUUGAGAUUUGCCUAUAGAUGAAGUGGCAGCAUCCAGAGUCCCUGUUUUUUAGAAGCAGCAAAUAUCAGUGCCUGGAUAUAUAGUGAGUGUGUGAUAAGGUAUUUGUUUUUGAGGGGUGGUGGAGCUGCCUUUUACUUUCUAGUAGGUGGAGUAUAAUAGCUCAGAGUAGAGAACACUUUCAUAAAAUUGGGUUGAGGGGAGAAGACUUCUGCAAACACAGUGAAUCUCAUUUCUUCACAACAUGUAAGCAAUCAACCCAAAAGAGUCAAAUGGCCUUGAAAAGGGUUUGGAGUCUGUAUUUUUUAAGUUUUUAGGAACAGCUGCCCUUGAAGUAUGUUCAGCUAAAAGUCUGAAUUUGGGUUGCAGAGAGCGAUCCAGGUAAGUAUCUUGAUCCACUUUCUCACUGUAUUUGAGCUUAGACUCUGGACUUGGACGGUAUCCUCCACCUUUCCCUGAGUCUAAGUCAAAACACAUUGCAAUGAUUGCCAUUAAAAUCUUUAUUGUUAGAUGUAGGUAACUGUUUGCCAUAGUAUUCAUAAUAGAUAAUACUGCAUUAAUGGUAAUUAGGCAAAAAUAAAAACUAUUAAUGAUUAUUAAAGGCAAUCACUCGCUAUUAUACCUGUGCUCCAUAGCAAUGCUUAAAAUCACUGGUGACAUACUACUGAGCAACCGUGACAGGGGAAAGCAGUGAUGACCAUACGCAAGAAAUGCUCUCCAAGGCCAAGUAGCAAUGUUUCUAAAGCCAGAUAAUUCAUUUAUAAAAGUGUGUUAAGGCCCUAUUAAUUCAGUUGUAGACUUCAGCUUCUGACAGGCCCACGUAAGUUUUUUAUAUACUUAUUUAUUUCCAUAGGCUAUAUCUAAACUGAAGCGUAGUCCAUCCCCUGUACUCUCAGAACCCUUGUCUAUAUUGCACAGAUUUGAAAAAGUUGCCUUGCCUUUUUUCCCCAAGCAAAAGAGCAUGUCCAUCUAUUUUGCACAUACUGUUAACCCCUUAUGGCUGUCAUCUUGUGAAUGCACAGCUUCAAUCUUGGAUCAGCUUUAUUUGUAGAGUUCCUUUUGUCUUGUGGUGCCAAUGUUCUGUCACAGACUUAACAAGUUUUUGGAACAGAAGAAUCCUUAAUAAGUGUCUUUCACCAUGAAAUUCUGUACACACUGUGUACAUAGUAUAUACUUGCAUAUUACAUACCUUUUUUGAUAGUCUCUUGCAUGGAUUUUUCAGGUGCCCUUUAUAAUGUUUUACAGGAAAAUAUAUUGUAUAUAGAGUUUUUAUUGCUGGUGGUAGGAAAUAGAGAUUAGAUCAAUACAUUUUUAUGCACUUGGACAAGUAAAUUAUUUUUUGGUGUCUUAGGUUUUUGCAAAACGUCUGUACUUAAUAAAAGAGAAAGACAUAAUUUGAUUUAAAAGAAUCCUACAUAUAUUCUAUUUAAGAUAAGGUAGAAAUCUCUGGCAAAUUGUUCUAGAUUCUGUAAGUAUUAGUUCUGGUCCUUUUACUUGCAAAGAAGUUCUAACUUUCUAUUACCUAUAUUAAACAAUUCAGUAAACCCUCACCAUCUUUUAUUCCUUUCUUUUUGUGAACCUCUUCAAAAUAUUGUCAUAGUCUGCUACUUCUGUCCAGAUUUAAAUCUUAAAUCUGUUUUUAAAGUAACUUUAUUUCUAAGAAUUCCUGUAUAGUUCCAAUGUAACCAACUUGUUACAAUAUUUUGUAAGAGAAUGUGCUUAUAUGUAUUUUAUAAACAAAGCAUGCAUUUUACAAAAUGUGUUUUUAUGACUUUGUUGUGGAUAUUAAUAUUUUGUUGUGUGCAAUUGACAGAGUUUAAAUCAGUUACAUUUUAGGUGUGUUAUUUUCCUACCUGGCUGUAGAAAUGUAUUACUAAUGUGGCCUGAUUCUGUCACCCUUAUUCAGGGUACUACUCAAUGUAUGAGAUUUGUGGUACAAUCUAGCUCAUAGCAAAUCAUUUGAGUACACAGUGUUUUCGUUUAUAAUCAUGUUUACAAAAACCUAGUUGCUUAAAUGUUGAUGAAGAAUAACUGUGUGCCCAAAAUGCCAUAGAGUGUAUGAUAGUAACAAUCUCUAAGCGGUCACAGUGUAGAAAGUGAAUUUUCUAUCAACUAUGACCUUGGAAUUGAGGUGUCAGAUACUGCAUUUGCUCACAUAAAACAUGGCAUACUGGUUCUUUCUAUUAACUGUCUGCUGCUCUAAUUUGUAUAUAAAGGAGACUGGUUCACCAAAAUUUACUACUUAUUCAGCUGCCAAUCAAUUUCUGCUUUGUGAGCCAGUGGAAUGUCUAAUGUAAGACAGAAAAAAGUGAAUAGUGAUGCAGGACUUCUAAUAGUACAAACCCAUGAAACAUACUGGGUCUGAUCUUUAUGUUUUUAAAUAGGCAAAACUUCCACUGAAGUUGCAUUUAAUCCAGUAAAAGGCUCUCUCUAUAGUGCACAACUCACAAAAAUACCCAGAGGCCUUUGAAAAAAUUACACAGGAGGUACUGCUAUGUUUAACCAAAAGAUGAAAAAUGUAGGAUUUAUGUUUGCAUUUUAAAGUGGUAAAAGGAGGAGACUCGUGUGUAUUUUUACAAUUCUAGAAAAAAGCAUAAUAGCAAUAAUCACCUAGUCUUAAUGCAGAAGGGUUUAUGCCUGUUUUGCCUGUGGGAGAAAACUGGGAUCAGGCCCAAGAUGCAUUGUUCUAUUUCAGUUAAGAAGCAACCAAAAUAUAAAUGCACCACUUGCUUUAGUUAUUGAGGGGAAAUCUACUUGUAAAUAACCCAUGGUUGGAAAAUAGCCUGUUCAGAUAUUUAUAAUAUAUUUUACUAUUCACUAUAGUGAAGUAGAUGUAUUCUAGUAAGAAACUACUGGGUUAAAAAUGUAAUGUACUCAUUCAUUACUACGUGUUUCUAGAUAUAGUCUAAGGUAUUUUGAAGCCUAGAAUAGUUUAAUUCUUGUUGCACUUCAAUUUGUUGACCACUAAAAUUUCAGUGACUUACCACUGCUCUUAAUGUAGAAUGUUUUGCUAUGCACAGUGUUUAAUUUACUAUAGCCUAAAGAAAUGCCAUGCAUGUCUCAGGAAAUCCAAAAUUUAAUCAAAUACAAAAUGUGCUUGAAAUUUUAAAAUUAUAUUAAGUACCUUGUUAUGUAAUUGUCACUCUAAAAGAAGACUGUAAAUUUCUGGCUGUUUUGGUAAAUAAAAUAUCUCUAUUACAA